AUGGUUGAACGCUUCGAUGUGAAAUCAACUUCCCGCAUCCCCGCUACCCCUGGUGCCGAUCUAGGGCCGAAGCGAGAGGAUGAGGAAGGAGGGGAGUGGCCGGUGAGGGAGGCCAUCGGCAGCAUGAUGUGGGUGUCGACUUUCUCGCGUCCAGACGUCUCGUUCGCCGUGCGUGCGGUAGCGCGCCACGCCCACGCCCCGGCGAAGCGGCACUGGGAUGCCAUACAGAAGAUCCUCGGCUACCUGAAAGGGACGAGGGACCUCGGCAUCACCUACCAACGGGGAUCGGGGUUAGGGCUGGCCGUGUACGUAGACGCUAGCUACGCCGACACGGAGGAUAGGCGUUCGGUGUCAGGGUUGGCGACGACGGGCGGAGGUACCGUAGUCAGCCAUGGUAGCAAGAAGCAGAGCAUCGUGUCUUUGUCUUCGACGGAAGCCGAGCACAUUGCUGCCGGGGAGGGUGUCAAGGAGGCGUUGUUUAUGCGUGCUGUGCUUUCGUUUGUUGCCCCAGAGACCAGAGGUAGCAGCAUCCAGGUCCUUGAGGACAACCAGGGGGGCAUGGCGUUGGUGCAGAACCCNUUAGUGCAGAACCCCCUCAGCUCAGGUCGCACGAAACACAUCGACGUGAGGUUUCAUUUCAUCCGCGGAUUGUUUAGGUCGGGGGAUAUUACGGUCAAGUUUGUUCCGACAACGGAGCAACACGCGGACCUCCUUACCCAGGCCCUUAGCAGGGCCAGCCUGCAAUACCACCGGCGCAAGUUGAUGAAUUUGCCGGAGAAAAAGCUGUAG